CGCUUUACCAAUGGCGAUCCCACGCAGCAUCCAUCCCCAUCGGCUCUUUGUUCCCCAUGUUAAAUAAUCCAAGUUGCUAGCACUUUAGUUUUGCGUGGUGCGGGUCAUGUUCUUUAUUUCUAGGAGUGGGAGCUGAAAUACUGAUCGAUUAAAGGGUCAAGAAAGGAACACUACAGAGAGAGAGAGAAAAGAGGACGUUUCCAGAGAGACCGAUGCCUCCUGCACAGUGCGUGAAGCAGUCCCUCCGCAUGUAAAGCGGGAAGAACCCAGAGAGAAAGGACAAGGCGAGAGCGUGCUUUCAGGAAAGCCCCCGGAGCUCCGGCGGGGUUACGGUGCUGGAAAGUCCCCGGAGGCCGACAAGAGGGAGGGGAGGCGAGAGCUACCGGCUCUCGACUGGCGAGACUUGAAAGCUUCCGUUUUCAAAUGGCAAUCUCCCAAGGAUCUGAGCAAAACACAAACAGCCCAUUGUAAGGGAGAGAGAGAGAGGGAGAGCCCAGGCAGUUUAGUGAGAGCGCCACGUUACCAUGAAACAAGAUGGGGACCAUCAAAGAUCUCGAUAGUUUGCACAUCUCGGUAUCAGACCCAAUUGAGAUGGAGAAUGAAUGUUUGCCAGAGGCUGUUGUCUGUAAUAACCAAGAAGAGAAAGCUGGAAAAGCUGGAUUGCAUUCCAACUGCCAGGCUCGUUGUUCAAGCCCUUGUACAGACAAUAACCUGGACAAUGAAAGUAACAGCCAUCUGGUGGAGAUGAACAUUACUGUGCCUAAAAAUGCCAAUGCAGAGACAGGCAAGUUAUGUAAAACGCCUGAGAAUGAUUUAAGCAAGGAGCAGGUGCAGGAAGAGACCAGCCAACCCCCCAGUAAGACCACUGACGAUGAAAUCAAAGCCAUUUGCCUCAAGACGAAAGAAAGCGCAAGGUUGAAUGUUGACAGUUCAGAAGCUGAGUCAGAGACCCCUUUGACAGGCUGUGAGCCAGAGGACAGAAGAAUGGAAGCGUCCAGCUGCACUGACCCUCAGCAAUCUUUUAAUCAGAAAGAGAUGGUAAAACCAACAAACGUUGAAUCAGUCCUUCAAUCAGAUAUAAACAGGCUAGAAAAUUGUCAGCAGAGCGAGAAAUUGAGUACAAACAUUGAAACAGCUGAAGGUCUUUCACAGAUAUCUACACCUGCCGCAACUAGCCAAGAUGCUGAGGUCCAGGUAGCUAUUCAAGUGCAGAAGAUAUCUGUUGCCACUAGUCCCUUGGCUCCUUUAGAUAACUAUCCAGUAUUUAAAAUCCCUGAUGUCAGAUUACGAGAUCAAAGAGUGGAGAAGCCAGCAGCAUGCCCAGUGACCCAAUCAUCUCUCACUACACUGCCUAGAAAAGAUGUUGAGAUGCAGGUGGAUAUAACAGUGCAAUGUAAAUCAGUCGCCACUGGCCCAAUGACUCCGUUAGAGAAGACGCCACUUGCCACACUCCCUGAGGUUCAUGUGGAGGCCAUGGAAGAUGAGCAACCAGAGCCAGUGCGCGAUGUCCAGUGGGAUGAAAAAGGAAUGACAUGGGAAGUCUAUGGAGCAUCCAUGGAUGCAGAAGUGCUAGGACUAGCUAUCCAGAAACAUUUGGAAAAACAAAUAGAGGAGCAUGGCAAACAAAACACUGAAGUGUUUCAAAAUGAUAAACCCAUUUCAGUGAAGGAAUCUUUGAAAAAGGAAGAAAACAAGAGACGGCAAAGCAAUGUUUUUCAAGCAGUUCUGCACAACAUAAGAAGUCCACAGUGCUGUACCCGUGGGAGCACUGCAGCAGAAUGAUUUUGAUUUAUUUGCGCCCAUUGAUUAAAUGAUGAAGAAAUAUGAAAACUAUUUCAUUUCCCUAUCUUUUUCAUGCUUUACCUAGGCAAGUUGAUUAAUCAUGAAAAUUAAUUUGUGUCACAGAGAUAAAAGAUUAUAAAUACAUAAGGAAGUGAAGCAUGAAUAUGCUUAAAGCAGAUAAUUUAUUUCAUUUAUUCUUACGAUGUCUUUCUUUUAUCUUAACAUGUUUUAAAAUAGAACUACUCAUCUAUUCACACAUUUCCUAGAAUUGCAGCGGUGCACGUGUAAUAAUAACAUGUACAUAGAUUCUUUGGUUUCACAAAAAAUGACGUAAAAUUGCUAUUUUAUUCCCAAUACCUGAUCUUGCUAUCAGAAACCAACUACACACAAUAAGAUGACUGGCAGUACAGAUCCCUGGCAUCUAUCAUCACUGCUCUGAAAAGGUUGACAAGGAUAAAUGCAGCCUCUCCUAUUUCCCUGCAGUCCACUUCACCUGUGGGGAGUCACUGGUCUGAAGUUGGUGUCUCCCUCCAGUGAUGAAGUUAUGUGUCGGGAACUCAAGUGUUAUUGCAGAUGGAACCCAGCUUCAGACUGGAGGUGAUAUUAAUUGAUGUUUAUUUGGGCUGCAUUUGCCAUAUCAUUCAAAUCUGCUUUUGAAUUACAUUCAAUUACAUUCAAUUUUUUUAAAAAAUCAUUGAAGUGUUUUUUUUUAUUUUCCUUUUAUAUAUGUUUCAUUAGAAAAACAGCUGGCCCUUAUUAAAACAAAAUGCCUGUGCAUAAUUUGCUAAAUCCUUUGUGUAGUAGAUAAAUUCAGUUUAAUUUAUUCAAAAUAAGGGCUUGCCAAGGAGCAUUUUAAAACUUUAACUGAAAACAAAAUAAUUGGGUAUGUUUUGCCUGGUUAACAGAACUGAAACAAUGUGAAAACUGAACACUUCAAAUAAAUUAUUUUCUACAAUUGUAUUAAGAUAUUUUCAGAUCAGUAGAAUCUGAGCACAAUCCCAGCACUGCUUGGCAAUUCUGUUUCUAUUUUUCUAACUAUUUCUAGCUUUCUAGUGUGGCUGUUAUUCUAAUAAGAUAAGAAUAACUUAUCCAUUGAACAAAUACAAAAAAAAACACCCAAAAAUGUGUAGUUGCCUCAGCUUAGUUACUGUCUGAAGUCAUUUUCUUAUACAAUAACUUGCUGGCUGCUAAUGAGUGGUAUGUGUGCUAACAUAAUUGUAGAUUCAAGGUUUUGUAUUGGUCACUUUACACUGAUAUAUUGUUAUUAUUGAUCCUUUAGAUUUCCACAAGCAGAAAUCUGAAGUAAAGUGUUUGCUGAAUGUGGUACUGAAUUAAACCCUUGGGUGCUCUAUGUUGAAUGAAUAGAAAUAACCAUCAAAUAUUACAGUUUACUCCAUCCUCUCACCAGAAAAGGCAGUAAACCUCUUAUUACAAUUUGUUUUUCUAUGUGGACAAUGCUCCAUUUAUUCACAAAAUAUAAUCUAUCUGUAAAACCUUGCUGUUUUGUGGCUAAUCUCAAUGCCAGAACUUGCUUCUUAAAAAUAUGUCAAGGUCAGGUUUCUGUUUCAUGUUAUGAAUAGUUUUAGUAUGGGUUGUUAAAAUAUUGUAAUCUCAAAUGUUGUAAAACUGCAAAAAAGAUUGG